GCCAGAGUUCAGUGCGCCAUGAAGAGGUCGGGGAUGUAUUGGAGCCUUCUGCUGCUGACGAUGGCCGCAGUCUCCCGCGGCCGCGACGCUAGAGAUUACUUCGCGGAGGCGAGAUUCCAGUAUUCCCCUUCUAGGCCCGAAGACGCGCUCAUCUUUUUCAUAGGCAAUGCUCCGCCCCUGAUUUGUGAACCUGAGAAAACCGACGAUCGAGUCAGGCGAGACCGCCCACAGGACGAUUUUCGUCUGGAUCUGCCACAGGGGUACUCGUCCUAUUCAUGUUCGUUCGAAGGAAACGCAACGAGACACACUAACUUCAACCUAAUCCAAAACAGUGCACCGUAUCUUUUCGGAUUCAGUGGGGGCCGGAAAGUAAGUUUUACCGGUUUGAGAAUGUACUGUACCAACGAUUCACAGCUGCCAGAUGAAUAUUUCCACCUGAGAGUGCAGCGCCCUACUGAGGAUCGUCCAGUGAAAUGUCGUCUCCGGAACGACAGUGGAAUGCUGUACCUAAGGUUUCCAGGAUUUCCCACAGUCGUUUGCCAUCUCGGUACUAUCAGAGAACGUUACCAUUUUAAUCUGCCAGGUAUUGCUGAUGAGCCACUCAAAUGCGCGUUUCGCGUGUAUUCGGAACUACCUUUAGGGGACACACACACAGAAGAACGGCUCUACCAGUCUCUGAUUAGCGGACUCCCGACUCACGUGGAUGGCGUUCGUCCACGUGUCGUGUGCUUCCACCGUACGAUCUCGAAUGGGACGGCGUUUUUUCAGCUACAGUUGCAGGGUGGCGCCACCUAUGACUGCAGUUUCCCCGACACUAUUCCUCACAAUGAGCUACAGCCAGGAAAUACGACCCAAGCCUGAAAGCCACCUUCCCCAGCAAGGCAGAAAACUCGUUACGGCAACAAAGCAGGAAUACUUUCCACAACUAUCUAAAAAAUAACUUAUAAUAAUGCAAUAAAUAUGGGUACAUAACUUUCAACA